AUUUGCAAUAACAUUCAUUCUUUAGAGAUUUCCGGCAUCAUGGCAAACCCAGGCCUCGGCUCGGCGCACACGCUCCCUCGAUUCUUGCUCCCCCGGUUGAGCUGGAUUGCAGUUCCGGCCCAUGGACAGACUAUUCGAACAUUGAGCGCUCUCUCCUACCGCUGCCCUCACCUACCGAAACCUGUAGAGAGGCCAUUAACCCGCAUUCCUACCGGUGCAAGGCCCCAUGGCGCUCGAUCAAAACCAAGCAUCCUACAGAGCCCCUCCAUUCACCGGGCUUUCCAUGCAACAGCACGACAAUGCCGAGACCAUCACUUCGAUACUCUUAAAUUUGUGCAACGGCUACAAGAAGAAGGAUUCUCAGAGAAGCAAGCAGUAGCUAUGAUGAGAGUCCUCAGCGAUGUGAUUGAAGAAAGUAUCCAAAACCUCACUCGCACCAUGGUACUCCGUGAAGACCAAGCUAAAGCAACCUACACACAAAAAGUCGACUUCGCGAAACUGCGCUCUGAGCUGCUCUCAGCCGAUUCCGCCGAAUCCUCCACAACCCGCGCCUCACAAGAACGUCUUUCAAACGAGCUCGCGAAAUUAAACAGCAGGCUACGGGACGAGAUUAGUAGGACGCAGGCGUCUGUGAGGUUGGACCUGAAUUUGGAGAAGGGGAGGAUUAGAGAGGAAGCCAAUGUGCAAGAGUUAAAGAUUAAGGAGACGGAGACGAAGAUCGAACAAGAGGUUGCGGGGCUGAGGGAGAAGCUGGAAGGGGUCAAGUUCCAGACCUUGCAAUGGCUUAUGGGUGUUUGCACCGGUACCGCCGCUUUGAUUCUUGGUGCUUGGAGAUUGUUGAUGUAGACAUAUAUAUGGCAUCCCGGUUUUGGGUAGGAAACAAAUACAGUUUUUAAUUUAUGAUUUUAUC